AUGUUUAGCAAUUGUUUGGGGCACUCAACACUUUCGUCCAUAUUUGGAAGGAAGACGUUUGAAGUGUGGACUGAUCAUAAGUCUCUAGUAUGGCUUCGUAAUUUAAAGGAUCCAACCAGCCGGUUAGCGCGCUGGGGCAUGAAAUUAGACGCUUACGACAUGGUAAUAAAACACCGUUCUGGUGCGGCUAAUCAGAACGUUGAUACUUUAUCACGUUACCCUGUACAAUCAGAAGUCGUAGCGUCGCUCCAAACAAAGACGCUGAAUGACGCUCUCCAGUUAUCUAAUAAUGCUAAAGAUCGGCUGACGGGUAUUAACGUUUGGGAUAGCUGCAAUGUACUUGAUAAUAUAAAAGAAGCGCAAAGGAACGAUAAGAAUUUGCGACUUCUGAUUGAUUAUCUGCAUGAUGGAAUAUUAUCAUCGAAUGAGAAUAUUUCGAAGAAACUGCGUGGAAUCGCAAAAUAUUAUAAAGUAAUUGAUGGUAGACUUUAUCGCCUACGACGUUUUGACGAAGAGCAAUCAAACCGUUUCAAUUAUAGUUAA